AUGCUAAGAUUGAUUUAUUUAUUUCUUAUUGAUUUUUUUAUUGGUAUAUCAAUUAAUUAUUUUUUUGAAUUUAAUUAUGUAAAAUGCAAAAAAAAAAUAUUUCAUUUUGAUAAUAUAUUGCCAAAAAUAAGUAACAAAAAUAUUAAUUUUAAGCAGCAAAAGAAAUAUUUUUUUUUACCAAAAAAUUGCUUCACAAAAAAAAAAAAUAUUCUUAAAAAUAAAAAUUUUAAAUAUCACAAAGGAAAUAAUAUAAUACGAGGAAUAAAUAACUAUGAUUUAUUAAAUUUUAGUCAUUUGUCCUUUUUUAAAUUAAGAAAAUUUAAAAUCUUUAAUAACACUGAAAAUAGUAAUUAUUCUGAAAAUAAUGAAAGUGAACAUGAGAAAGAUAAAAAUUUAAAUGAGAAAAAUGAAGAAUGGAAGAAUUUUUUAGAAGAUAAGAGGAAGAAAGAAAUACUGAAGGAUUUAGAAAAUAAAAUACGUAAGAAUCGAAAAGUUCAGAAAUCCAAAGAAAAAAAAGACAGUGAUAACAAAGAAGAUUUUUAUUUUAAAAAUGAUGAAGAUGAAAAUGAAGAUGAGGAUGAUGAAUAUGAUGAUGAUGAUGAUGAAGAUGAAUAUGAUGAAUAUGACGAUGAAGAAGAUAAUGAAUUAGAUUAUUUUUAUAACGAUAAUGAAGAAAAUAAGUAUUUUGAUAACAAUAAAAAAAGUGAAAAUAUAGAUAAAAAUAAAUUUCCUGAUGAUAAAAAAGACAUUUCUUCGAUUAAUGACAAUAUAAAUAAUUUUUUUACAUCAAAAAAAAAAAAUGAUUUUCCUUUAUUUUUCUCAUUAAAUAACAAACCUUUUGAAAACAGUAACAACAAAUACUUUGAUAAAAUUUGUAGCAUAUCACCAAAUGAAUUAAUUAAUAGAUUUUUUGAAAAUACAUCUGAAAGAGUUAAAGAAGCUGUAAAAACUACUAUAUUUAACAUAAUAGGAAAUAUUCAAAAAUAUACAAUAGAAACAUCAAUUUUAAUUACAUAUGAUAAAAUAUAUAAUUUUCUUUUGCAAAUUAUUUUAACUGGAUAUAUGAUAAAAAAUGCUGAUUAUAGGUUAAGUUUAAAUGAAUCACUUUAUGAUCAAAAUAAUACAAUUAACAAAAAGGGGGAGGAUUCUUUAAAUUUAAAAAAAUCAUUUUACAGCUUAUUUGUUGAUAAUGAUAAAAUAGAAAAUGAAACAUUAGAUUUAAAUGAGUUAAGUAAAGACAUUAAUUUUAAUAAUUUAAAAAACAAAGACGUGAAUACAAAAGAAAUUAAUGAAAAUGAUUAUAAUUAUAAUGAGAAUGAAAAAAAAAUGAAUUUAAAUGGUCAUUAUUUUACAAAAUAUAAAGAAAUACAAAAUGAUGAUUUUCCUAUAAUUAAUACAAAAAAUUACAUAAUUUUUUUAAGAAAAAAAAUUAAUUAUUUAGAAAAUCAAUUGAAAAUAUUAAAGGAAAAUAAAACAUUUCUAAAUGAUGAUUUACUUUCAUAUAUUAAAUCGUUAACAGAUGUUCAAUUACGUUCCUUAACAGAUAACAUAGGUGGAUUAGUUUUAGAUGCAACAAAGAAAAUUGUAGAAUUAGUAAUUCAAGGAAUGACCCUUAAUAUAAAUAAAAACUUAUCAAAUGAGUUAAUAUAUGUAAGUGGUUCUGUAUUAACUUAUAUUUGUUUUUGGCAAUUAAUUAUUGGUUAUACAUUAAGAGAAAUGGAAAUAAGAGAUGAACUAUCAGAUUAUUUAAAAGAAAAUUAA